CUGAGGGAAGAUGGCGGCGGCUGGGGCUCGGCGCCGCCGGGUUGAGUCGGACGUGGGGGCGGCCGCUCUGGCCGGGGUAUGAGCCGCCCGGCUCCGCCCCAGCGCCCGCGUCUCGCUGCUCCCGGCUCGGCCAGGCCUCGCCAUGGCCCGGCUGGCGGAUUACUUCGUGCUGGUGGGCUACGAGCUGGACAAGCGCGGGAGCAGGGAUGGCCAGGGGCAGAUACUCCAGCGCUUCCCGGAGAAGGACUGGGAGGAUAACCCCUUCCCACAGGGCAUUGAACUGUUUUGUCAGCCGAGCGGUUGGCAGCUCUUCACCGAGCGGAAUCCCCCCACCUUCUUCGUCGCUGUGCUGACGGACAUCAGCUCCGAGCGGCAUUACUGCGCCUGCUUCACUUUCUGGGAGGCUGUCGAGAGUGCCCAGUCUCAGAGCCACUCAAGGAAUGGUGAGGAGGAGGAAGAGGAGUCGUCAUCCCUCGUCCAGCCUGCGCAGCUCUUUGCUCCUAAGAGUUUGGUGCUAGUGUCACGACUGGACCAUACUGAGGUUUUCCGGAACAGCCUGGGUUUGAUUUACACCAUCUACGUGGACGGGCUGAGCGCAUCGCUGGAGAACGUCGUUGGCAACCUCUUGACAUGUACCAUCCCCAUUACAGGGGGAGCUCAGAGGACGAUCUCUCUAGGGGCUGGCGACAGGCAGGUGAUCCAGACGCCCAUCAAUGACUCUCUCCCCGUCAGCAGCUGCAGCGUAGCACUGCUCUUCCGGCAGCUCGGGAUCACCAACGUGUUGUGUCUCUUCUGUGCUGCACUCACCGAACACAAGAUCCUGUUUCUCUCCAGCAGUUAUCAGAGACUCACAGACGGCUGCCGGGCCCUGCUUGCGCUCAUGUUCCCCCUCAAGUACAGUUUCACGUACGUGCCCAUCUUACCUGCACAGCUCCUUGAGGUGCUCAGCACUCCCACGCCCUUCAUCAUUGGCGUCAGCUCCAUCUUCCAGUCGGAGACGCAGGAACUGUUGGAUGUCGUCAUAGCAGAUCUGGAUGGUGGGACGGUGACCAUCCCAGAGUGCAUUCACAUCUCCCUGCUGCCUGAGCCACUGCUCCAUCAGACACGAGAAGCCCUCUCCAUGAUCUUGGACCCUGAGCUGGAGGUAGCAGACUUAGCAUUCCCCCCAUCAACCGUCUCUGCCUCCUCCCUCAAAAUGCAGGACAAGGAGAUCCGAGCUGUCUUCCUCCGUUUGUUUGCACAGCUGCUGCAGGGCUACCGCUGGUGCCUGCACAUCAUCCGAAUCCACCCAGAGCCAGUCAUCCGCUUCCACAAGGCAGCCUUCCUCGGUCAGAGGGGGCUGGUGGAGGAUGACUUCCUCACCAAGGUCCUGGAGGGCAUGGCGUUCGCUGGCUUCGUGACCGAGAGGGGCGCCCCAUACCGAGCAAUUGACCUGUUUGAUGAGCUGGUCGCCUAUGAAGUGAAGCGGAUGCGUGCCGAGGAGGGGAGCAAGCAGAAAAUACUGCGGCACAUCAAGGAGCUGGCAGAGCAGCUCUAUAAAAAUGAGAACCCGUACCCCGCAGUGACAAUGCACAAGGUGCAGAAGCCCACAGAUGGCUGCCACCUGCGCCUACACCAGAGGCCUUUUCCCCGCUUGGACGAGGGGACAGUCCAGUGGAUCAUCGACCAGGCCACUGCCAAGCUGCAGACAGCCCCGCCGGCGGUGAAGGCGGAGAAGAAGUGUAUGGUGCCAUCGGGACCUCCCAUUGCUGCCAUCAUGGAGCGCAAUGGCAGUGCCCUGGCCAACAGCGCCCGCCGCCUGGAGGUGGUCAGGAACUGCAUCUCCUACGUCUUCGAGAACAAGAUGCUAGAAGCCAAAAAGCUGCUUCCAGCUGUGCUAAGGGCCAUGAAGGGCCGAGCAGCCAGACACUGCCUGACUCAGGAGUUGAACCUGCAUGUGCAGCAGAACAGAGCCGUACUGGACCACCAACAAUUCGACUUCAUUGUCCGCGUGAUGAACUGCUGUUUACAGGACUGCACUGCCAUGGAUGAGCAUGGGAUUGCAGCAGCACUUUUGCCACUAGUCACUGCUUUCUGCCGAAAACUGAGCCCGGGCAUCACGCAGUUUGCCUACAGCUGUGUGCAGGAACACGUCGUGUGGACCAACAUCCAGUUCUGGGAGGCCAUGUUCUACUGCGACGUGCAGAACCACAUCCGAGCCCUGUACCUGGAGAGCAAUGAGGAGAACCACUUGGAUGAGGACGGCAAGGAGGGGCCUCAGGAAGAGAAAUCUGCCCUGGAGAUUGCGUCGGAGCAGCGGAGGCUGUGGCCUACCAUGAGCCGAGAGAAGCAGCAGGAGCUGAUCCAGAAGGAGGAGAGCACGGUCUUCAGCCAGGCCAUCCACUACGCCAACCGCAUGAGCUACCUGCUGCUGCCCCUCGACACCAGCAAGAACCGGCUGCUGCGCAGCUCGGGGCUGGGCGACGUGGAGAGCGUCAGCAACAGCUUUGUCACCAACAGCAUUGCCGGCAGCGUGGCCGAAAGCUACGACACGGAAAGUGGGUUUGAGGAUGCCGAGAGCUCCGACGUGGCCAACUACGUGGUACGCUUCAUCAACCGCUUCGUGGACAAGGUGUGCACGGAGAGCGGCGUCACCAACGAGCACCUGAAGGGGCUGCACAUCAUGAUCCCUGACAUCGUGCAGAUGCACAUAGAGACACUGGAUGCUGUGCACAGGGAGAGCAAGAGGCUCCCUCCUAUUCAGAAGCCCAAGCUGCUACGCCCCAGCCUGCUGGUGGGCGAGGAGUGUGUCAUGGAAGGGCUCCGCGUGUACCUCAUGCCUGACGGACGUGAAGAAGCUUCCGGAGGCAAUAUUGGGGGCCCCCCACUGCUUCCUGCCGAAGGAGCCAUCUUCCUCACCACUUACCGCAUCGUUUUCAAGGGCACCCCCACAGACCCGCUGGUGGGGGAGCAGGUUGUGGUCCGGUCCUUCCCCAUUGCCUCGUUGACCAAAGAGAAGAAGAUCAGCGUCCAGCCCCAGGUGGAUCAGCUCAUCCAGAAAGAGAAGAAGAUCAGCGUCCCAGCCCAGGUGGAUCAGCUCAUCCAGGAGGUGCUGCAGCUGCGCUCGUGCACAUUCCAGCUGCUGCGGAUCGCCUUUGACGAGGAGGUGGCUUCAGAGAGCGCCGAGGUCUUCAGGAAGCACCUGCACAAGCUGCGCUAUCCCCAGCAUGUACGUGGCACCUUCGCCUUCACCGUGGGCCAGUCACCCAAGCAAGCCAUGCAGCCCAAGGCCAAGGAGAAAAACCCCUCACUCAGCUCCCAGCAGGUGACCGAUAUGUUCCAGGGCCUGGCAGUGGGUGUCAUAUCCCUCGGGCACCUUGGCCAUUCAUCCACGACACUUUCCAAGAACCUGAUGAAGAAUGCCAAGAAGACCAUUGGCCGACCGUACGUGACCCGCAAGAAGUACACGCCGCCUACCUGGGAGCAGCGCAGCAGUCAGCACUUCCAGGAGGAUGACGAGGAUGAAAUCUCAGUGUCUGAAGAGAUAGACAGGAGCACCCUGACCCCCUCCACUAUCAUCAAACCUUCAGACAAGAUGACCAUGAGCCACCUAGUAGAGCGAGCCUGCUGCCGUGACUACCAGAGGAUGGGGCUGGGCACGCUGAGUAACAGCCUCACCCGCUCCAAGAACGAGCCCUUCCGCAUCUCCACGGUGAACCGCAUGUACGCCAUCUGCCGGAGUUACCCGGGGCUGCUGAUCGUCCCGCAGAGCAUCCAGGACAACACCAUCCAGAGGAUCUCACGCUGCUACCGCCAGAGCCGCUUCCCCGUCGUCUGCUGGAGGAACUCCCGCACCAAGGCCGUGCUGCUGAGGUCGGGGGGGCUGCACGGCAAGGGUGUCGUGGGCCUUUUCAAGUCGCAGAACGCCCCUACCGCAGGCCAGUCGCAAACGGACUCCACCAGCCUGGAGCAGGAGAAGUACCUGCAGGCAGUGAUCAACUCCAUGCCGCACUAUGCUGACGCCAGCGGGCGCAAUACGCUCAGCGGCUUCACCUCUGCGCACAUGAGCAGCGCAGAUUCUUCCGACAAGAGGCAGCCCAAGCUGGGAUCGCUCAUGAAGCAGGUGAUGGGAGGGAAGGACGAUGGGCCAGGCACUAUUAGCCGAGGAGCGCUAGGUCCCAGAGCUAGGGUGGUCACUCUGUCCACCCCCAAGGGUGCAUCGGUGAAGGGCCGUGAAAGUCCCCGAGGCAAGUGGGGCAGCAUCCGGGCCAGCGGGCGCAUGAGCAACUACGUCUUGAACAUGGAGAUCGGGUCCCGCCUGGCAGGGAAGGACCUGCUGAGCGCUCAGCACAAUGGGGCCCCCUCUGAGGCCAGCUUCCUGCGCCAGCACCGGGCCUCCCUCUACAUCAUUGGGGACAAGUCGCAGCUGAAGGGAGUGAAGCCAGACCCGCUGCAGCACUGGGAGGUGGUGCCCAUCGAGGUGUUUGACGUGCGGCAGGUGAAGGCCAGUUUCAAAAAGCUGAUGAAGGCCUGCGUGCCCGGCAGCCCCUCCACAGACCCCAGCCUCGCCUAUCUGCGGACCCUGGAGGAGUCCGAAUGGCUGUCCCAGAUCCACAAGAUCCUGCAGAUCUCGGUGCUGGUGGUGGAGCUGCUGGAUACGGGUUCCUCUGUGCUGGUCAGUUUGGAGGAUGGCUGGGAUAUCACCACGCAGGUGGUGUCCCUGGUGCAGCUGCUGUCAGACCCCUACUACCGGACGAUGGAGGGCUUCCGGCUCCUCGUCGAGAAGGAGUGGCUGUCCUUCGGGCACCGCUUCAGUCACCGCGGAGCCCAGACCCUCGCUGGUCAGGGCAGCGGCUUCGCUCCUGUCUUCCUGCAGUUCCUGGACUGUGUCCAUCAGAUCCACCUCCAGUUCCCCAUGGAGUUUGAGUUCACCCAGUACUACCUGAAGUUCCUCAGCUACCACUACGUCUCCAAUCGGUUCCGCACCUUCCUGCUGGACUCGGACUACGAGCGGAUCGAGCUGGGCCUCCUGUAUGAAGAGAAGGGCGAGCGGAAGAGCCAGCAGGUCUACAAGUCCAUCUGGGAGUACAUCGACCGGCUGAACAAGAAAACCCCCGUCUUCUUCAACUACAUGUACGCCCCCGAGGAUGGGGAGGUGCUGAGGCCGUACAGUAACAUCUCCAACCUGAAGGUGUGGGACUACUACACCCAGGAGGUCCUGUCCGAGGGCCCCUCCUACGACUGGGAGCUGGUGCAGGGGCAGCCGGAGCACGUGGAGGAGGUGGAUCGGCAGGACUCCAGUGCUCCGCAGACCAAGCGCAAAAUCAUCUGGCCGUGCUACGACAACCGCAGCCGAGUGGAGCCCGACGCCAUCUCCAAGCUGCUGGAGGAGCUGCACAACCUGGAGGCGGAGCUGGGCCAGGUGCCGGAGCGCUGGAAGGACACGUGGGACAAGGUCAAAGCCUCCCAGCGCACAGAGGCCCGGCAGGAGGCCAGCAGGAUGGCGUCCAGUUCCCUUCUGAUGUCCUCCAGCCUGUUGCCCCACCGGCGCUCGCUGGGGGUCUACCUGCAGGAGAGCAGCGUGGGCUCCACCCUGAACCUCAGCCUGGACAGCGACACCAGCAGCACCUCCACCCCGUCCAGCGGGAAGCAGGGGGGCCGCAAGAGCACCAGCAACCUCUACAGCCAGUUCCAGAUGUCGGAGAGCGAGAACAGGUCCUACGAGGGGACUCUCUACAAGAAAGGAGCCUUCAUGAAGCCCUGGAAGCCCCGCUGGUUCGUGCUGGAUAAAACCAAACAUCAGCUGCGGUACUAUGACAACCGGAUGGACACGGAGUGCAAAGGGAUCAUUGACCUGGCAGAAGUGGAGUCCAUCACCCCCGGCACCCCCACCAUGGGGGCCCCCAAGACAGUGGAGGAGAAGGCCUUCUUUGACCUGAAGACGACGAAACGAGUUUACAAUUUCUGUGCCCAGGACGUGCAGCUGGCCCAGCAGUGGAUCGACCGCAUCCAGAGCUGCUUGUCGGACGCGUGAGACUGGCUCAGCAGCAGCCCCCGUUCCAGGCACGGAGUCCCCCGGGCCCCGGUGCAUGAAGCAGAGGCAAUGCCCAGGGUUAGCACCUGAGCUGGCCCAGGUCUGACUGACUGAGGAGGAGGAGGCCAGAGGCCUUACUCUCCCGCACUGCCAGGGGCACGUCGUACUGGAAGCCCCAGGCCCCCUGCGUGCUCAAGGACAGUAGCAGGGGUCAGGGCAGGAUCAGUCUGUUACACUAUGGUAGGAACUGUCCAGCGCAGGAACUAAUUGCAUUGAAAUGUCAGGCUAGGGGCAGUGGGGAUCUAUUCUUACAACCCCACUAAGCCUGUCUGAGCCACAUCAUUACCGGCUCCCACCCCCAGCAGGACACGGGCCUGGGGUCCCGGCUCCCACCCCCGGCAGGACACGGGCCUGGGGUCCCGGCUCCCACCCCCGGCAGGACACGGGCCUGGGGUCCCGGGUCCCACCCCCAGCAGGACACGGGCCUGGGGUCCUGGCUCCCACCCCUGGCAGGACACGGGCCUGGGGUCCCGGGUCCCACCCCCAGCAGGACACGGGCCUGGGGUCCUGGCUCCCACCCCUGGCAGGACACGGGCCUGGGGUCCCUGGCUGGGCACGGCGUUUGUCUGAGCAGUGCUCUGGUUCUCUUGCGAAUGCUGCUGUGGGGUUUUACUGGCCCUUUGCUGGGAGAGGCUCCAGGAGGUGCUGUGCAUUGAUCAACCCCCUCGCUCCCCCCCACCAUUGGGGAGCAGCCUGAGCUUUCCCUGGUUACCCCUCUGCACCCCCAGGAGCUUCCUGUGAACUUGCACGUCCAGCCUGUAAAUCCAAGUGGACCUGCCGCCAGCCCCUUGGGGCACUUGGCCCAGGCCCUCUGGGCUCUGGCCCAGCCCUUCUGAGUGGCACUAGGCCGGGGUCCUGAGCUCAGGGUUCGCCUGGACAGCAAGGCCAGAGGAGAGCUCCAUGGACAUUGGGCCAAGAGGACUGGGACCAUCCUGCUCACCCCAUGUCCAGCAACUGGGCCAUGUUCCUCCCUGGGGCUGGCUCAGUGUCUGCCCAAGAGUAUUGCCCCGAUGAGCUGCUCGGGGGUGGGGGGGAGAGGGGCCUGCUCCGGUGGGACGGGUGGUGUCUCAUUAGCAGUAUUGUAGCUUUAGAGUCAGCUCCUCUUUUGGUCUGCCCGUGGCAGGGGAGGGGGAGACUGAGGACUGGGACCUGCUUAUAUUCUUGGUCCCACCCCCUGGGAAACCUGUGCUCACUCAGGCUGCGGGGAGCAGGUUCCCCUGACGUGGCACCAGGGCAUCCGGCCGUGUAGCUGCCCCGCUGCAGGCUGGAUUGCUCUGGCACAGCCCUGGAGCCCCCAUCCCUCUCCCUGCAGUGGCUGGGGCGUGGGGCUGGGCUCCUGCUCCCAGAGAGGUUCCCUGGGGUGAGUUGUAGAACAGGAUAACAAGGCCAGUCACAGGAGCAGUGUGGAUGAGCCCCUCACCUACCAGCCAUGCUGCCCCAGGGAGUGAAGUGGCCAGAGCUUGGAGAUCACAGCACAGAACUGCAGCCUUUUCUCUGUCAGCUCUCUCGGGGCUCUCCCCAGCUUAUGCUUGGAUGCCCAGCCCCUGGGCUCGCAGCGGCAAGUCUCCAUGCAGCCACUGUCCGCCAGCCGCAGAGUAAGGCCUCUGCUUUGAGCUGGGACGGCAGGGAGCUCUUCACUGCCAUUGUGCUGUGGGGGCAACCUCAGCUCCUUGAGAUCCCCACUGUGCUGGGGUGUUCAGGGCUCAGCUCCUGACCCCCUGAAUUGUGUACCAGGGACAAACGUGUACUUUAGCCCCCGCUCUAGCACUUCCACUGAGCCCAGACCUGCUGCCCUCCCCAGCCUGCUUAUUGCUGUAACUUAUUGUCAGUGCAAAGGUGGAAUCAUGAGACUGAGGCGAUGGCAUCUCUGGUACAGAAACAAAUCCCCUGUAUGCUCCCCCCGGUUUGCACCUUGGCAAGCUUAGCCCCCAGCAGCUCACAGGCUAGAGCCGUGUGCUCGUCCCAAAACCCAGCGGGCACCUGUGUGUGGUCCCUUGGGGCCAAGGAGCUGCCUGUUGACAUGAGACCGUUCCUGGCCUCGGUAGCACUCCAACACCCCCCCCCCCCUUUCGCUUAGAGUUCACCAGCUUCCUGCUGUUGCCCCUUGGGCCUGGGACCUGCCCUUUCCCGCCCGCUGCGCAGAGCCAAGGUGGCUGACGGUUCUACCUGUCUUGUUUUUAAAGGAGUACAAUGUUUUAUUUCAGUGCAGAGCUCUUUGUACAGUCUUAACCCCCAGGGUCCCCUCUUCCUUUUCCUGUAUGAUAAUGGCGGUGGCAGGUAGCUGGUGCAACAGGGAGGUUUUUGUAACUUCCCGGAGCAGUUGUAGAUUAUUGAAGUUUCUGUACAUUGUGUCAAACAUACAGAGUCCUUGUAUUGUAUUGUGCCUAGAGGGAAAAUGUUAUAUAAAGAGAAAACUAACUGAAUUUAAUAAAAAAUUAAUAUGCACAUUC